AUGGGCUUUCCUCAACGAUUUGCUGUCUGUGCCCUUCUGUCAGUGGGAGUCAUCCUGUUGGCCCUCUUGCCUGCCGUGGUCGUGUCUCAAGAAGCGGUCGUCGAAGGCGCCCAGCUCCCAGUACACCAGGUGCUCACGUGCCAGGAUGCCCUCAACUGCACUGAAUGCUUUGCGGUGGGCCUGAGCCACGGCUGCGGGUGGUGCGGAAGCCACAACAACAACGGCACCUGCUACCCGUGCCGCAACGACUCGUCAGCCUUUAACUGCCACGCUCCCGCCACUUGCGACCACAAGAACUGGUCGAGUGGGAUCUGCCCUGACUCGGCAGAUACGCUGGCGAUGAGCCUGACGGUGCUGAUUCUGAUCGUGGUGUUCUCGUCGCUGGGCGGGUGCUGCUGCCUGAUCCUGGCCGGCUGCGUGAUCGUGUACUGCCUCUGCUUUGCGGGCGUGGUGGCCGCCUCGCACAGCAGUUCGGGCGGGCACCAGGGCUACGUCGUGCAGCACAACCCGCGAGCCAAGGGGAGCUACCACAGCCACCAUCACCACUACGAGGCGCUCAAGCAGGACAAGCACGGCCCGAUCAACCACGACCUCGUCACCGUCUAG